GAAAAGAGCAUCGACAGAUUCGAUUAAGUAAUUUCACUUCUUCUCCGUUCCUUUCGAUUUCUUGGGGUUUUCUUCUUUUCAAAACCCUAACCCUAGAAGGUAAAGAUUAUACUCUCAGGUGUACUCGCUGCUGAUUUCAUCAAUUUCUGGUCCAAAACACGCAACCAUGGCAGCUACGAUGGUGAGCUCUGCUGGAGGUCUCUUGGCGAUGUUGAGUGAGCGCGAUCCCUUACUCAAGCUUCAUGCUCUCUCCAACCUCAACGCCUUUGUUGACGAUUUCUGGCCGGAGAUCUCUACAAGCGUUCCCACCAUAGAGAGCUUGUACGAGGAUGAAGAGUUUGACCAAAGACAACUUGCAGCAUUGCUCGUUUCAAAGGUUUUCUACUAUCUGGGUGAACUUAAUGAUUCAUUAUCAUAUGCCCUUGGUGCCGGUCCCUUGUUUGACAUCUCAGAGGAUUCAGAUUAUCUUCAUACACUUCUUGCUAAAGCUAUAGAUGAGUAUGCAAGUCUCAGGUCAAAAGCUGCUGAAUCUAAUGAUGACACGCAAAAUGUGGACACUAGAUUGGAGGCAAUUGUUGAGAGAAUGCUGGACAAGUGUAUAUCGGAUGGAAAAUAUCAACAAGCUAUAGGAAUUGCAAUUGAAUGUCGAAGAUUGGACAAGCUUGAAGAAGCAAUCACAAGGAGUGACAAUAUUCAUGAAACACUAUCAUACUGCAUUAACGUCUCUCAUUCCUAUGUGUAUCUUGGAGAAUAUCGUCGAGAGGUUCUUAGACUACUUGUUAAAGUCUACAAGAAGUUGCCUUCUCCUGAUUAUUUGAGCAUUUGUCAGUGCCUUAUGUUCCUGGAUGAAGCAGACGGUGUUGCAGGAAUCUUGGAAAAGCUAUUACGUUCUGAAAAUAAGGAUGAUGUGUUGCUGGCAUUUCAAAUUGCUUUUGAUCUAGUUGAGAAUGAACACCAAGCUUUUCUGUUGAAUGUGAGAAAUCUGCUUUCCAAUUCCCAGACAAAGCCUCAAGUGCAGCAAGUAGCUCCUCAGCAGGAGUCUGGACAAGAAGGAAAUGUAAAUGCUUCUGAAGAUGUUCCAAUGACAGAUGAAGCUCCUGCAUUAGUCGUUGAAGCUGCAGAUCCACAUGAAGUAGCCUAUGCCGAGAGGCUUGUAAAAGUCAAGGGAAUUUUGUCUGGCGAAACUUCAAUUCAAUUGACACUUCAGUUCUUAUACAGCCACAACAAGUCGGAUCUUCUUAUACUCAAGACAAUAAAACAGUCAGUUGAGAUGAGAAAUAGUGUGUGUCACAGUGCAACUAUCUAUGCUAAUGCAAUCAUGCAUGCUGGAACAACAGUAGAUACGUUUCUACGUGAAAAUCUGGAUUGGCUGAGCAGAGCCACUAAUUGGGCCAAAUUCAGUGCUACUGCUGGACUAGGUGUCAUCCAUAGAGGACAUUUGCAACAGGGAAGAUCUUUGAUGGCCCCUUACUUACCACAGGGUGCGACUGGUGGUGGUGGAAGUCCUUAUUCUGAAGGUGGCGCUCUUUAUGCACUUGGCUUGAUCCAUGCAAAUCACGGAGAGGGGAUCAAACAGUUUCUACGUGACAGCUUACAAAGUACUAAUGUUGAGGUUAUUCAACAUGGGGCGUGCUUGGGUCUUGGUCUGGCUGCUCUUGGGACUGCUGAUGAGGAUAUUUAUGAUGACUUAAAGAAUGUGCUUUAUACUGACAGUGCAGUUGCAGGAGAAGCAGCUGGUAUUAGUAUGGGCUUGCUGAUGGUAGGUUCUACAAAUGAAAAGGCAGGUGAAAUGCUUGCAUAUGCUCAUGAGACACAGCAUGAGAAAAUUAUCAGGGGAUUAGCUUUGGGCAUAGCACUUACAGUUUAUGGAAGAGAAGAAGAUGCCGAUACACUAAUUGAGCAGAUGACUGGUGAUCAAGAUCCAAUUCUUCGUUAUGGUGGCAUAUAUGCUUUGGCAAUGGCUUAUAGUGGAACAGCAAACAACAAAGCCAUUCGCCAGCUGUUACAUUUUGCUGUAUCGGAUGUUAGUGACGAUGUCAGGCGAACAGCUGUUAUGGCGCUAGGGUUCGUCCUUUAUUCCGAACCUGAACAGACUCCUCGCAUAGUCUCCCUGUUGUCGGAAUCUUAUAAUCCGCAUGUACGAUAUGGUGCCGCACUAGCUGUUGGAAUUUCCUGUGCUGGCACUGGUCUGAGCGAGGCCAUAUCCUUGUUGGAGCCUUUGACAGCAGAUGUGACUGACUUUGUCCGUCAAGGUGCUUUAAUUGCAAUGGCUAUGGUCAUGGUGCAGAUUAGCGAAGCUAGUGAUUCCCGUGUUGGAACAUUUAGGCGGCAAUUGGAGAAGAUAAUUUUGGAUAAGCAUGAAGACACCAUGAGCAAGAUGGGCGCUAUUCUGGCUACUGGAAUACUGGACGCUGGAGGAAGAAACGUGACAAUUAAGUUGCUUUCGAAGACGAAACAUGAUAAAAUAACUGCAGUAGUUGGGCUUGCUGUUUUCAGCCAGUUCUGGUAUUGGUAUCCACUCAUAUACUUCAUCAGCUUGGCAUUCUCUCCAACUGCUCUUAUUGGACUGAACUAUGAUCUCAAAGUUCCAAAGUUUGAGUUCCUAUCACAAGCCAAACCGUCGUUAUUUGAGUAUCCUCGUCCUACUACUGUAGCAACUACCACCUCAACCGUGAAACUUCCAGCUGCUGUUCUUUCAACUUCUGCCAAGGCCAAGGCUAGAGCUACUAAGAAAGAGGCAGAUAAAGCUACUGCUGAAAAGUUACCUGCUGUAGAUCCCUCUCCUGGAAAGGGGAAAUCCUCGGCCACCACCAAGGACGGUGAUUCCAUGCAGGUUGAUAGUCCAGCGGCAGCAGCAGUGGAUAAUAAAAAGGCAGAACCAGAAGCAUCUUUUGAGAUAUUGACCAACCCGGCAAGGGUUGUUCCUGGGCAGGAGAAAUUCAUUAGAUUUAUUGAAGACAGCAGAUAUGUGCCAAUUAAGUUGGCACCUUCAGGUUUUGUCCUCCUAAAAGACAACCGCCCAACGGAACCUGAAGUGUUGUCCCUCACUGAUGCUCCAUCUUCUACUAAUGUCUCUUCUGCAAGUGGCGGUGUGUCAUCAUCUGCUAGUCAACAGGGUACUACUACAGGACCAGCAUCCAUGUCAAUCGACGAAGAGCCUCAACCUCCUCAGCCUUUUGAAUACACUCCAUGAUGAGUGAAUGAAUUGUUUGAUCUCGUAUAUUUUUAUUUUAUUUUUAGCAAUCCCCCGUUUUAAUUCCAUUUUCUUUGCUUAACAACCUAGUACCCAGUACUGAAUUAAUAGUGUGUAGAAAUGGGGUUGGUUGGAACAUCCCAUUUUUACAACCCUUGUGCUGAUAUGACUUGAUGCAAUUUUUGUGGCAUUAUCAUUCCUAUUAUUUUAGUUCUUCAAAACAUGA